CAGUCGCAUCCAUUUCUCCUGUUCAAGCCUUUCGAUAUAACAUGAGUACCGUUCAAAGUACAUCACCGAUCCCAGAUCCUACCACUGAAAACGUCCCUGAUCCAAGCACAGUAAAAUCAACCAAAAACACCGUUUCGUCUGAGGUGAACGAGAAAGCCGAACCUUCUGCAUCGCUUGUCCAAGCAGUCAAGAUCACCAAAGACCAAGAGGCAAAAUUACAAACACUCAUCCAGUCCAUCCCUAAAAUCCUUGACCAAUUGGAUGACAAGGAGUACGAUGAGAUAUUCGGAUACAGAAUCAACGUUGCUGGAGAAGAGUACGUCAAUGAAACCAUCAGAAACGAAAUUCUCUUAAAGUUCUUGAUAGCUAACGAAUAUGACGUAUCGAUCACCAUUACCAAGCUCGUGAAAACCUUGAAUUGGAGGCACACGUUCAAGCCGUUGUCUGCUGCGUACAACGAGAAGUUCGACGCUCAAUUGAACAAAUUGGGCGUGGUUACGUAUCUUCCUAGGGAAAAGCUCGAUAACUUCAAGGUGGCAACCUGGAACUUGUACGGCAAUGUCAAGGACCCAAAGGCGUUGUUCGAGCACUUUGGGGGAAGUGACUCCAAGUUGCCUGGAUCGACGUUUUUGAGAUGGAGAGUCGGUUUGAUGGAAGACUCAUUACUGUUUGUUGACUUUACUGACGCAGCCAACCAUAAAAUCGCCCAGAUCCAUGAUUACAACAAUGUGUCAAUGUUCAGAAUGGAUAAGAAAAUGAAGGAAACCACUAAGGAAAUCAUCCAUAUUUUUGGUGACAAUUACCCCGAGUUGUUGUCAACCAAGUUCUUUUUGAAUGUCCCUAGUAUCAUGAGCUGGGUGUUUGGUUUCUUUACCACCAUCGGAGUCAUCAGCAAGCAAACGUUGCAAAAGUUCCGUCCUUUGAACCACGGUAACUUGACCGAGUGGUUUACUGAGCCUUUACCUCUGGCGUACAACGGAGGAAACUCCAGUAAAAUAGGCCUGAUUUUCGAUCUUGAUGUGGCCAAACAGGCUCAAAUCCCAACGUACGCCAAGGUGAUCUUGGAGAAAAUUAAUAAGGAGAACAUCGAAGAUCUCACCAACGAUGUCGAGUAGAGAAAAUGUCAACCACGACAGAAGGGUUCUAAAAUUUCCAAAAACUGUGUUAUCAAAGAUUAAAUAGGUUCAUUAAUAAAUGGCGUUUCUUAGUUGC